GCCUAAAUGCCUUCUUAUGUCCAUUGAAGCAUCAAACAGACAUGCUGCUAAAUACUACUUCUGGUUUCUGAAAGCUCGUGGAAGAACACUGAACACAAUCAACUAUUCUAAAUCGAGUAUUUUGGAGGGAAAAUCGAAGAGCAGUUCAACGAAUUUCCAACACAAUUACAGCAAUUCGACUCAAUUUUAGCCAGUGAUUCAUCAUCCCCAAAUGUUGCUUCAACGGCCCUCACCUUGUCCUAAAACCCUCACGAACCCCUUUCUCUCUCACAUUCAUCUUCCCCGAAACCUUCUUCCUCGAACCCCUUAUCACUUUCGUCGCAGUUCCUUUCUCCUUCACGCAUCUGCUUCCUCCGCCGACACCAAAAGUCUACCUCAAUCCGCAAUUCGAAGAAUUGCCGAUAAGCUUCGAAGCUUAGGUUACGUUGAAGACGAUAGCAAUAAGCAACAGCCUUCAGCACCAGAAGUAACCCUAGUUACCUCUCCUGGUGAAAUAUUUGUCCCGUUACCUAAUCGUAUACCAAAGUACCGGGUCGGCCACACGCUUGACCCGAGUUGGAGUACGCCUGAGAAUCCAGUUCCGGAGCCUGGGUCUGGAAAUGCGAUAAGAAGGUAUCAUGAGCUUCGGCGGGAGGUUUGGAAGGAGAAGAAAGAGGAAAAGGUGAAGAGGUCACUAGAGGGAAACGGAGAGAGCGAGAAUGUACCGACAAUGGCGGAGUUGAAGCUGCCACCGGCGGAGUUAAGAAGGUUGAGAGGGUUGGGAAUUGCUGUCAAGCAGAAGCUUAAGAUUGGGAAGGCUGGUAUCACAGAGGGGAUCGUUAAUGGAAUCCAUGAGAGGUGGAGAAGGACUGAACUCGUAAAGAUUGUCUGUGAGGAUUUGUGUAGAUUGAACAUGAGGAGAACGCAUGAUUUACUUGAGAGAAAGACUGGGGGUUUAGUUGUCUGGAGAUCUGGAAGCAUUAUCAUAUUGUACAGAGGAACAGACUACAAGUAUCCUUACUUCUUUGUAAACCCAAAUGAUGCAUCUGUUGAUGAACCAAUGAGUUCAUCUACAAACUCUGAAGAUAAUGGUGUUCAAACAAGAACAACAACUGAGCCAGAGCCACCUUUGAUUCAAGGAGUGGGUUCAAGAACCAGGGUUCGAUUUCAGCUACCUGGUGAGAAACAGCUCAUGGAAGAAUCUGAUCAGCUUUUGCAAGGAUUAGGUCCAAGGUUCACUGAUUGGUAUGGAUAUGAACCUUUACCAGUUGAUGCUGAUCUUCUACCUGCAAUUGUUCCUGGAUACAGGAAACCCUUCAGGCUUCUCCCCUUUGGAGUUCAACCAAAAUUAACAAAUGAUGAGAUGACAAUUCUUAGAAGACUUGGAAGGCCUUUACCAUGUCAUUUUGCUUUAGGUAGAAAUAGGAAACAUCAAGGAUUGGCUGCAGCUAUUCUAAAGCUUUGGGAGAAAUGUGAGAUUGCAAAGAUUGCUGUUAAGAAAGGAGUACAGAAUACUAACAGUGAGCUAAUGGCUAAAGAAUUGCAGUGGUUAACUGGAGGAACCCUACUUACACGCGAUAAGGAGUAUAUUGUUCUUUAUAGAGGUAAAGAUUUCCUCCCAUCUUCAGUUUCUUCAGCAAUAGAACAGAGAAGAAACCAUGGAGUUGAUGAGUUUCAAAGGAACAAAACUCCAAACUCAUCAUCAAAUCCUCCACAAGUCAAUCAAGAUAAUGGAACCCAAAGCUCCUCUGUUUCCAAAAUUGGUGAAAUUAGUGACCAAAAACUCGAAAUUGCCAUUGAACAAAGGAAACAAAGGUCACGUGAAGCAGCUAUUAAGAAGACUAGUUCCAAAUUGUCUCAGGCAUUGGAGAACAAAGAAAAGGCAGAGAAGCUUCUAGAAGAAUUGGAGAAGGAAGAAACAAAACAACAAUUUGAAGUAGAUAAAGAGGGUAUCACUGAAGAGGAAAGAUACAUGUUGAGGAAAGUUGGCAUGAAGAUGAAGCCUUUUCUACUUUUGGGUAGACGUGGGGUUUUUGAUGGAACUGUUGAAAACAUGCAUCUUCAUUGGAAAUACAGAGAGCUUGUGAAGAUAUUAUCUGGUGAAUCCAGCAUUGAUGAGCUUCAUGCAAUUGCAAGAACAUUAGAAGCAGAAAGUGGUGGAAUAUUAGUUGCAAUAGAACGCAUGAGAAAAGGUCAUGCAAUUAUUAUUUAUCGUGGAAAAAAUUAUAAAAGGCCACCUUCUUUAAGGCCUCAAACACUUCUUAAUAAAAGAGAAGCAUUAAAACGUUCCAUUGAAGCACAACGUACAGAGUCGUUGAAACUUCAUGUGUUGAAGCUUGGGAAAAAUGUUGAGGAAUUGAAGCUUAAGUUGGCCAAAAAUGAGGAAAUCUGCAUACAGGGUGAAAAAGAUGAAGUGGCUGAGGAACAUGAAAAGGAGAAAAGCUCAUCAACUGAAUGUAUGGAAGAACCUAAUGCAAAUAUUGAACUUCAUAAUCAUAAUCCAAAUCCAAAUCCUACAAAAUUAAAGGAAAUUGAGGUUGAUUUAGAUUUUUCAAACAAAAAUAAUGGGUUACAAAUACAAUCAUCAUCCCAAGAAAAUCCAGAAACAAAUGAAAGUGAGUUCACAGAAGCUAAUAACUCCUCAAAGCUAUCACUGUUAACCAAUAAAACCGAGUUCCGAGUUACCGAGUCAAACGGGAGACAACACAGAUCUGUUCUUCUUUCCAAUAAAGAAAGGCUGCUUUUGAGGAAACAAGCACUUAAAACCACAAAACGCCCUGUUCUUGCUGUUGGGAGACGCAAUGUUGUUAGUGGGGUGGCUAAAACAAUUAAAACUCAUUUCCAAAAACACCCUCUUGCUAUUGUGAAUAUCAAAGGAAGAGCCAAAGGGACUUCAGUGCAAGAACUGGUUUCGAAGCUAGAGGAGGCAACAGGGGCAAUUUUGGUAUCACAAGAACCGAAUAAGGUCACCGGUGAUGAUCUGGAACUUUUCUCUCUGCUCAAUCUCGAGAUACUAACACCUCCUACGCACCUCCGCCUCCGUGGAGCCGUCAUUGCCAAAGCUGAACCAUCAGACAAGUCUGUUGAAAUUAUGAGGAAGUUUUCAGAGCAAUAUGCUCGUAAAUCUGGCACAUAUUUUUGCAUAGACAAAAGUGUUACUUCUGUAGUUAUCAAGGGCUUAGCAGAUCACAAAGAUUCAUUGGGUGCACCACUUUGCCCUUGCAGGCACUAUGAUGACAAAGCAGCAGAGGCAACACAAGGCUUUUGGAAUUGCCCUUGUGUUCCCAUGAGAGAAAGAAAGGAAUGCCACUGCAUGCUUUUCCUCACUCCUGAAAAUGAUUUUGCUGGCAAUGAGCAGGCGAUUUCUAUGGAAGAAAUUAAAGAAUCAACUGCCAAUAUGUAGUGUAGGUGCCCUUUUUUUGGUACAAAAACUAUCGAAUUACAUGUAUAAUUUUGCAUGUUCAUAUUAUAAACGACAUCAUUACUAUGGGCGUGUAUCCAAUCAUAUCACAUUAACAUGUAUUGUGACAACUCACAAACCAAAAUAAAAUAAAUACAAAGAAAGAACAAACAACUAUCAUCUAUUUUCGGCUUAAUGGGCUUAAUGGAACAACACUUAAUUUGCAU